UAUGAAUGUUAUCAUAACUUCCAAUAGGAGUAUAUGGAUACGAACUCAUUAAAAACGUGCGACACUGAUGAGUUACCUAUAGAAUGCAUACGUUAAUUUUUUUUAUUUAAUGUUAAUUUUUAUGCCUAAGAUUAGACAUUUCUUCACACCCUUACGGCUUUCCUAUGAGCAGCACACUAGGCGAUUGGGAUUUCAAAUGACAAUUAGGAAACACUUGGUGGUGAACUCGGUCGUUCAUGGUUUUCUGGUACGGUCAUGAUAUAGGCUUAUAGCAAAACGUUGUUUCUAGGUUGAGAGUUGUUUAUUUAUGAACUUUGAAUCUGCAUUGUAACCUUUCGACUUGAUAAAACAACUUUAUCGAUAAUAGGCCGUAAAACACAUAGCUGAGUUACGGUACUUAGUCGAUAAUAGGCCUACAAAUGUGUAUAACAGGUUCGAUCUAAGUUACUGUCACAUUCGUGGUGUAUGUCGUAUACCAUCGCCAACGCACAUCAUCACGGCACAGAGAGUUAUAAAACGCAGAAAAGUUUAUAUUUCCCACAGGCAUGAAAUGUUGGCUAUACGUCAAGUAUCUACACUUAAAGGAUUAACUCGGGCGCAGUACUAAUUGACUGCGGCAUUCUGUUCCGACAGACCAGCGAAAGGGCGCAGGUCACAGGCUUCACCAUGGAGUCGACAACAAGUGAGUCUUCGGCGGCAGAGGAUACGACAGCAAACGAUUCAACAACAUUGCUAUCUCUCGCCUCGGAGUAUCCAUCAGAUAUAUCGCUUCAAGAAUCGCCGGUUUCGCCGCCUGACUCAAUCGCUUCGAUUGCACUAGAUUCACCACAGUCUGCUUGGAGGUCGGCCAACCCCUCAAACCGCCUCCUAAUGCCGUCGUCUUGCCUAGGUGAGGAUUUUGUCAAUAUCGACCAUGCCACCAAAGUAUUGGAAGUUUUUAGAAUUUGCAAGAAUGAACAUAGAGGGACAGAUCUAAUUAUCAAGAUUAAUUCGUUCGAGAUUCAUUGCCAUCGAGUUGUCUUGUCAGCUGUCAGUAGCUACUUCUUUGACAUACUGACAAGUUCAACUCAUAAGGUUCGAACUGAAUACAUUGAACUAAGCGGCAUUGAUCCAGAGGUUCUAUUCGCACUGAUAGACUACGCAUACACCGCAGAGUUAGCGAUACCCAAGAAAAAGAUUCAAGCUCUGAACGAAGCAGCAAGCAUUCUACAAUUUAGUUCGGUUGUCGAUGCUUGUCGGAAACACCUCGGGCGAUACCGUAAACGGUCUACGGCGCGAUCUCGUCAUGUGUCGUCGGAGAGUACCAGAAGUAGGGCACGUACGCCCGAUGGAAGGAGAGUGUUAGAGAGAAACAGAGAUUUGAGCGUUCACAAAGAAAAUUCUCAAGUCCGGAUGAAGAAGCGAUCUGCGUCGGCAAGUCGGCUAAACAAUUUGUCGCGCCCAAAACAGAGUACCUUAGCUACGACAACAGCAAAUGAUAAGCCAAAGAGGUGGUCUUCGAAUACAAAACUUUACGAUUCUACACGACAAGCCACAAUGGAAAAAAAUAAGCAAUCAGCUCUUCAACGAACAUCCUCGAGUUCCCGUCUGAAUAGCUCAUCAAAACAAGACAUUACAACAUCCAGCAAUGGACGCAAUCUACAAAAGGACACAAACUUUUCCACCAAUCGUAAAUUUGAAGGCUCAAAACGGCGAAGAGAUUCGACAUCAGUAGCUGCAAGAUCUGCUAAAGUUCGCGACAAGAAAACUCUGAAUUCAAUUACGGUUCCAGAAGAUGGUGUAUCACAAAAGCCUACAAUGGUUGAUGCCUCAUCUCAGACGGAAACGAAAUGUAAAUGUGAAGAUACACCGAGAACAAUUUCGCCCGGGAGUUAUGAUUCGGGAUUUCGAUCCGAUAGUGCAAUAAGCGUGGGUAGUUUGCAGGGAGAGAACUCAAUAAAUCCGAAACCGGAUAAAUUACCUGUACACACUGAAAGUGAUUCCGAUGAUAUGGUUUUCGAAAAUAAUAACAAUAAAGCACAGAAGGAUGGGAAACGGAAAACAUGCGCAAGUUCAAACCAAGAGAAUGGUCUGUUAACAGUAAACGGAGAAAACGGAAAUGGACAUCACCGGCUAAUAUCUGACUGCAACGCAAUUACUGAGGAAUUCUCAUUCUCUGAUCCAAAUCAUGCUAAAAAAUUACUCCGCGGUUUAAACCGACUUCGAAACGAAGAACUUUUUACAGAUGUAAUGGUACGGUUCAACACGACUACUUUUAUGUGUCAUCGAAUUAUGCUCGAGUCAUUCAGUCCAUUUUUUGCGAAACUCUUCGAACCAGAAAAAUAUGGAGCCGGUAUUCUAGAAGUAAAUAUUCCAAAAUUAAAACCGGAGGUUUUCCGAAAACUUGCUUCUUUUCUUUAUACAAGUAAAAUCAACUUAGUAGCUCGGGAUUGUGUGAAUAUAUUUAAGGUAGCUAAAAAAUUUGGGAUGGAAGAUAUCUGUGAUGCAUGUCGUAUGUUUGUUUUUCCUGAUGGUCGAAUAACUAAGAGCAGAGAGAACCUGCUGUCUGGAAGUAUGGAACUAUUGGUAGUUCGGUAACCUUUCCAUGUUAGGGCCGAGGCCAUAAUUACUAACACGCUGAAUGCAGUAUAGGCCUAAUAUCAACAGUAUAGUGUUGAUCGGUGAUGAGUAUAAACAUAACCACAUGUAGACAUAUUCUAGUAUAUUAAUUAUCUAAAUGUAACGGUAUCUGAACGUCAAUGUACCUACUAAUUUGUCGCGAGGUGGCGCACUAAUGAGAAAUGCAAACUUGUUAAGAGUAGUGAAAAUGUGCUCCUAUUUAGGUAACUUUGGUAGUUAGAAACGCCGAAUAAAAUCGAAGAUCAUGCCUAAAUAGUAACACCUGCCUGCUUGAUCGAAGAAUUCACUUUCUUUCAAAAUCAACUAUGAUAGAUAUAUUAUCAGCACUUUGAAUUUAACAUAACUCGUUGCAGCUUGUUCACGACAUUCCCUAUCAGGGGUAAAGUUGCCUGCCUCAUGCAUAAUAACUAGAUAAUUAUUAGUGUGAAAUAUGAAUAUGUUCGAUCAUAUCCAAAGAUUGAUUUAGUCACUUUAAAUGAUUUCGGAACCAUCACCGGGACAUUGCCACUCUAAGUCAGGAUAGAUGAUGCGUCCCGUAAGCUAUUGACUGUCACAUUAACACGAUGGGUUUCCAUUGUCUAGUCUAAACGCAUGGGCUCAUGUAAACAUGUUACUAGUUAUUAAUAAUAUAUGUGCAACGAAAAAGUAAGAACAUUAUCAGUUUGGUAGAGCCUACAACAAUAUAGCAGUAAUGAUUAUCUAUAGCACGAUUUUUUUGUACUUUUUCAAUACAGUAUUUAUGUUUAAUAAUUUAUUUGUAUGUCAUGUUCAAUACAAUAAACUUGUUUGCUGGAAAAUAUCGAA